AAAGAAUACUUGUGACAUUCCACGUGUGGUUAUCAGCAUACGUAUUUUUAUGAGGUCAAAUAAAAUGUUCAUGCAUUUCAUUAUUUUUCAUGUCAGUUAGUUUAAACUUCUUAAUUUGAAAAGUUAAUCGCGUUAUAGUUUUAAAUCUCGUUUUAACAACGAAACUUUUGAGUCUGAUCAUAUGCUGUGGGGAACACCGGAUUACUUGUGUGGCUUAAGAGAACCAACUCACUCGCGCCCUGACUGGGAAUGGAACACGGAAAGCCUUGAUUUAUGGUUGAGAAGUACAUCGAAACAGUCAACGAAUUCCUCCCGGAUGGCACGUAUCUAGUCCAAAUAAAUAGAGGAGUUACAUAACACAUACUUGCUCGUGUAGUUACAAAUGUUGCUGCAAGAAACAAAUAAACUGAAUUCGAGAAUUACCAAUGUUUUUUGACAAACAAAAUAUUAUCAUUGCUACGUGGCCAAAUUCGUAUUUGCAGCUGCCUAGGAUCAAUGACAAAGCGUUUAAAUCACUUGUCGCUUCUGGUUUAAUGAUAAAAUCUUAAUCAAUUAACAAGGCUUGAUUUCAAUGAUUACAUUUGUCUACUGGCAAACACGUUUAAUCUCAUGUCAGGACGCCGAUGAAAACUUUAUAGAACCAGCUUGGACGGACAACUAAUAUUCAAAGUAGACGUUAAAUGUCACGAAAACACAAUGAUGAGCCCAAUAAAAGUGUUGCUAGCUUUGAUAGUGACUCUGCUUCUGUCUGGUGCGUUUGUGACUUGUUUGGAGGAAGAGAAAUGUACAGAUAGUUCAUGUGGAGAAAUUGAUGAAGAUGUUAUAGAUAUUCCACUGGAACAUGAAAAACGAAAAUAUUUUAGAGAAGGUCAGGAAGAGGUGAUUAACGAUGAAGACUUUGUAGAUAUUAUAGAUGAAAAUGAAGAAGAAGAACUCCAAUUUGUUAAAAAAGACACUAUUGAAUUAUCAACCGAAGAUCUAUAUCUAAGAAUUCCCGACAAUGAAAGGGGAGAGUUGAAUGACAUAGAAGGAGAGGUAGUUAAUGCUGUGAGAGAUACGUUCGAGUUUUCUCCACUCGCGAGAGUGUCUCCGGGCACUGUUGGAGAGGAAGUAAAAGUGGAACUCGAAGAGGGUGUCUGGUUUACCCGGAUAACUCGAGCAAUACAGCCGCCAGUGUUUGAGAUACCAAACUUUCUAUCGGAUGAAGAAUGUGAUCACAUAAUGGAAACGGCUAAGGCAAACGGUCUGAACGUUAGCAACUUGUUCGGUGACGACGUUUUGGACGAGUUUGAAAAUAAGAUCCCUCUGGCUGAAGUGUCAAGAGUCUCGCAGCAGACUUGGUUGGAAGAACAACAUAUAGGCGGGAAGUUCUGGAACAGACUUCAGAACAAACUUGCCAAAUUGACAGAGCUACCACUGGGUGUCAUCCAACGAGGGGAGCCUAUUCAGGUUGUCAGUUACACUGCUGGGGGUCACUACCACGCUCACCUCGAUUCAGUGGAUGAUUAUGACAAACCCUGUUGCUUCCAGACAAGAUGUGGGGACAAGGAAAAUACCCCACAAUGGUCAGAAUGCUGUAGAUUAUGCAGAUACAUGACUGUGUUGUACUAUCUGAGCGACACAGAAGAUGGAGGAGAGACGGCAUUUCCUAUCGCUGACGCAAACGAUUCAUUUGUUGAGGAAAAGUUUGAAAACUUGGAAGACCAGGACUGGUACAAUCUCAGCUACUAUUGCUACAACUCCAGUCUGGUUGUGAAACCCAAACGCGGAACGGCAAUCAUGUGGUACAACCACUUCGUUGACGAAGAGACUGGGUAUCUAGGACUUACAGAUCGGCGCUCGCAUCACGGUGGCUGUGACUUGCGGAAAGGCAUGAAAUGGAUAGCCAACAACUGGAUAUCAGGAACAACCGUAGACGACCGCUUUAAGUCAUCUGUCUUCUAUGAUGGACCAUGAAAGAAUAAGGCCUAAAAAAUUUGGUUUGGUUAGGGUUACAUCCUUUUCAAAAAUAGGUAGGGUAGGUAGGCUUUUCUUUUUUUUAUUAGGCUUUAUAUAAAAAUGUCAUUCUCAUCAUUGGAUAAUGAUGUUAAAGUUAUCUUCUGUAUACGCAUUUAAGGUUUUCAACUACAAAGUGAAAAGCAAUUUAAGUUUUUUUUUUUUUAGUUUUUCAGUUUUUUGCCCAAACUGACUAUAAAAACGGUAGGGUCGGCGCCUCUUACGUUGGUAGGGUCGGGUAACCCGAACCAAAUGUAUUUGUUUAGGCCUAACUAUUCGAAAUGCUGUAGUUUUCUGACAUUGUUAAACUGCAGUAAUUCAUAGUUAUUUUAUGCUAGAUAGUUGGUAGGAGUGACUGACCCCUUUGAUAAAUCUGAAGAAAAAAUAAAUAUUUUAGGUUAAAUGUCACUAAAUUUUGUACAGGUCAAAUGACACCAAAGCUGGAGUUCAUUCCCAUCAAAUCACUGUGGUUUUUAUUAGUUGCAUGGAAUGCAUACAAUCAUUUGUUCCUAUACGUCGGCAUUGCCCGUGUUUAGAGCUUAACUUUCACAGAAAUGUUCAUUUUUCUUAAAGCGUUAGUAACGCAUUUAGCCAUUUUAAACAUCAAUUUUCGAGCGUAAAUAUUAGAAACUGCGAUCUGAACUUUUAUAUGCAGUUUUUUAUCACCGGUCUUAAGAAAUUUACGCCAAAUGUGGCUCAAUUAAAGACAAAUAAAUAAAUAAAAACGUUAUCAAAACGGUCUAGCUGUGUGCAACUUUGACAAGUGUGCAUGCUUGACGUACAAAAAAUAUCGUUGCACAGCAACAGUUUGUAUGGAUAAAAUUGUGUAUACAUGCACAUUUGUAAUUUUUUUUGUGAAUGCUUAUUUUAUGACAUGUUGUUUUCGUCUUUAAGUUCAAUAUACAUACUUACAUAUAAUACAGACCUCUGUUAAAUUUUCUAUGUUACAUAUAUCACAUUCCUAGAAAUGGUAUUUAUUAAAACUUUGAGAUUU